AUGAAUGACGUCACGUUUGCCUAGCAACGUCCAAAACAACUCGAAGAUGGGGUAAACAUCGAACUGCUGAAGUACUUCUCUCAAUCGAUCGUCAACGCAGUGUGAGAUCGUUUCUCCCGUCUGGAAAAACUGCAUAGCUGUAGGCCUAGGCUGGUCUAGAAGUCUUUAUCGAUAAACUUUUAGGAUCGUUUUUACACAUAUUGCAGCAGUUCACAAUGUAUAAGCUAGAUCUUCCAAUAGAUCUGAAAGAGCAGGCCGCGACUGAGAGGCGGAGAAACCUUGAGCAACAAAGACAAAGUAGAAUUUUUAAUUCAAAAGUCAGAACGAUUGGCGUUGAUGUCCAAGCCUUGAAUGAACAAGUACAUGACCAUAAACUACGUUCACAGAGAGAACAACAGCGACAUGAAGCAUUUGGCUGACGAACAAAGAGAAAAGGAACGCUUAAAAGCUCAACAGGAGCUUGAUGACAAUUUCACAGAAAUUGUAAACAACGUGAACGGUGACAUGUUGAUGGAGAAUCCCGACGUGGCGCAGAGUGCCUUCGGUCCACAUCGUGUCAUCACCGACAGAUGGAAAGGAAUGUCACCGGAGGAGCAAGAGGAGAUCCGGCGUAUGCAAGAUUAUCAGAAACAGGAAAAGAAGAGGAUCCUAGAAGAGGAAGCUGAACGGAAUAAGGAGUGGGACCAGCAACGGCUAACGGAUGCCAGAGCUGGGAUCCUGAUGGACAGGGAACAAGAACGGCUGAGGAAAGCCUUAGAGAAAGGACAGGCUGAAGAAAACAGGCGGAUGAGUGCAGAGCAAAAAUCUCACCAAGAGUACCUAAACAACGAGGUGUUCACAAACAGACCAACCGCUCAAUAUUUCCAACAAUUUAAUACUAGUAGCCGAUAGCUUAACUUUACGACAUCUUGAAGGAAAAUUUUGAAAUUUUAAUGGCCGUAAAAUUAGCUGAAUUACCAACAUUAAAUUGAAAAUGAAAAAUGUUUGCAUAAUAUUCAGUUGAUGUUGGUAUGAAUUUUACAUUUGUUCUUGUACAGUGAACAUAACAAGUCCAGUUUCUAUCACGUUAAGAAUGUUAUUAAUAAUUUUUGCCUCGUGAAUUUACUGUAAAUACCUGUAUUUUAGUUGAUAGAAAAUAAAAUGUAAUUACUUUGAAAUAAAUUGACUUUGCAGAUAAGUAUUUUA